CAGCAUUUUGCACGAGAGACAACAAAUUUGCAAAGAACACGAGCAUUGAAAAUUUUAAAUGAAGUCGCCUGCUUUUAUCAUUGAAGUCAUUUAUUUCCUGUGAACGGCUGUAUCUUGUUGAAUGAUCGAAGCAUUUUUCAGUGGCAAAAUCAGGAGACUGAAUGUCUCGUAAAUGAUCCUUUAAAAGCAAGUGUUAGGCCUGUUUACAAUCUUCGUUGCCUGAGACGAGAGACAGGGAAGAACACAGAAUGCGAGUAGCUGUGUUUACUUAGAUUUCUACAAGAAGGAACCCGAUCUUGGAUUUUUCUGUUGUAAUUUGGAAAUAUUAGCGAGAUAACAGUUUUGGCUCGCUUGGAUGGCGGAUUUGAGGCCGUGCAUAUGCGGGACAAGAGAUGAAAACAUGUGAACAAGCUGCUUUAUAGUAUUGAAAGCGAUUUCCGACGAGAUAUUGUUCUUAUUUGUGUUUUGUAAAGAGCGUAAAUUUUGGCAAAGAUGAAACGCUACCAAAACUUAAAGACGCUCGGGGAUGGAACUUAUGGAUCAGUUAUAUUAGCAAGAAAUCACGACACAGGAGAGACAGUUGCAAUCAAAAUAAUGAAAAAGAAGUACUAUUCGUGGGAAGAAUGUAUAAAUCUCCGCGAAGUUAAGUCUCUAAAGAAGUUAAACCAUGCAAAUGUGGUGAAGCUAAAGGAAGUUAUCAGAGAAAAUGACCAGUUAUAUUUUGUGUUUGAGUACAUGAAGGAAAAUCUAUAUCAGAUGAUGAAAAGCAGGGACAAAUUGAUUCCAGAAUCUAUGAUUAGGAAUAUUAUUUAUCAAGUUCUUCAAGGCCUCGCCUUUAUACACAAACACGGAUUCUUUCAUCGAGACAUGAAACCUGAAAACUUGCUGUGUACAGGACCAGAGCUUGUAAAGAUUGCUGAUUUUGGCCUUGCCAGAGAAAUCCGAUCCCGUCCCCCAUAUACAGAUUAUGUCUCCACUAGAUGGUAUCGUGCACCUGAAGUGUUGUUACGUUCAACAAAUUACAGUUCACCAAUUGAUAUGUGGGCCGUGGGGUGUAUCAUGGCAGAGCUGUACACUCUCCGGCCUCUUUUUCCUGGCAGUAGUGAAGUGGAUGAGAUUUUUAAGAUAUGCAAAGUUCUUGGCACACCAUCAAAAGAAGACUGGCCAGAAGGUCACAAGUUGGCAUCAGCUAUGAAUUUCAAGUUUAUGCAAGUGAUGCCGACAGCAUUAAAAGACUUGAUACCAAACGCAAGCCCCGAAGCCAUUCAACUUAUGAGGGACAUGUUAAUGUGGGAUCCCAAGAAGCGACCCACAUGUGCACAGGCUCUGAGAUACCCCUACUUUCAAGUUGGACAAAACCUACCUAAGGCCUCCCAACCAACACAACCUCUUCAACAGAGACAGCCACCUCAACCACAACAACAACAACAACAACAACAACAACAAGCCCAACAACAAAGACAAGCACCACAAAUGGAAAGAAAGGAUUCAUUUAAUUUUGGAAGUGGAAAUGAGAACAAAAGGGCUGUUGUCAAUGUACAAGGCCGUGCUGGCGGUUAUGGGAGUGCUCGCAAGAGAUGGGGCGAUGGGACUGGGGUGAAAGAUAGCGUAGAUGAAUUUGAAUCACUGCUCAGUGAGAUUGACACCAGUCAUGCAUCUGCCACAAAGAAGGUAGCUGUUCAGAAGACAGACCCCCUUGACUCUUUCUCAAGUGUCCGGAAGGAUUCUGGUGUCGCUAAGAAGACCCCACCCAGUGCAAAACAGCAUUAUAUGAAACAAGCAAGAUAUUUUCCUGGUCAAACGACAUCCAAUCAGCCCCGUAUGCUUCAUAAUCCGGCGGCAUCCACAUACUCGAGGAAACCUUCCUACGGAAUGGCGGGGAAUGCCGUGGGAGGUACAACAUACGUUCCAUCCUUUGCCGGGGGUGGACAGACCAGAGCUGGAGGUGUAGGAGUUUUCAGUGCCUCUACGUGGAAGCCACCGCCGCUGACCAAGCAAGGAAGUGGCACAUCUAUUUACCAGCCCCCAGGGGCUACGGCGACCAACCGAACCCAACCGGCCCGCUACGGCGGAGUGCACAAUCGAACGAACUGGAGUGUAAAAUAUGGUGGAGGUCACACUUAGACGAAAAGUCAAUAAGGACGUUUAUUUACGUUUUGUGAACUCAUGUUGGCGUUGAAUUUGUAAUAUUUGACCUGAUACGAAAGAAUGUACCAUUCUCGAACAGUUAUAUCAUAUUGAUUAGCACCAUUUCUUAUAUAAGUAGUAAAUAAAUGUGAUAUUGAAUUGAGUAGGUACUGACGUUCGUUUUAACUAUAGCGAUUAUUUUGUUUAAGGUUUUUAAUAACGAAAUUUGUUAUCUAACUAUUAAAUGAUUCCAAAAAGCCAACGUCCACUGUAUGGUAUAGAUAGUACAAUGAACUUUUAAACCCAAAUGGUCUAUUGUUCAAAAUAGGUUGAUCGAUUGUAACUGGUGUCUAGUCAGAAAUUUAGAUGUUCUAGUCUAAUGUAAUAUAUCUGGGUGUUUAAAACUGUCUCGAAAACCUGUACCCACGAUGUAAAGUGGAGGGUUUUUUCGAAGUCUUUGUCCUGAAUUUUCAUCAGUCUCUAACUUACGUAAGAGAACUGUAACAUUAAAUGAGCUUCUUUACAUGUUAUGAACUCAUGUUGUAAAAAUUUUACUGUGUGGCUUGGAAUUACCAGGGAAAAUCGACACAUGAUUUUUACACACCUGUAUGUAAAGAUAAUUCGGUUUGUUUUAUUUAUUUAUUUAUUUAAUUUUUAGCCAAACAGAAUAGUGAAUAAAGAAUAAAACAAAUUUAAA